CAACAGUGUGGUAACUAGGUUUAUUUAUCUAGGCUACGGAUUUGUUUCAUUUUUAACUGAUAAAACGGUCAGUGGUUACAGGACUAUAUUACAUACUUGUGGAUAAUUAAAAGAGCUCAGUUUGGAAUAUUGGAUAAGACAAAAACCUGGAGUUUCAUUCUUAAUCACAAGUGAUCUACUACUUCAGAGAAGAUAAGAUGUCUAGGAACAAUUUUCUUUCACAUUUGUAGGGUUGGAAGAAUAAUGAAAUCAAGUACCUGAAUAUGACUGUUAAUUUAAAUGAGAAUGGAAAUAAUGUGUACAGUUCCAUUAAUCAGCUAAUCAAAUGAUAGUCUUAAAUUAUUCAACAUGAAGGAGGAAGUUAAGAUAAACAACAUUCCCUGCAAGGACUACAAACAACAUCAAUUUAAGCACAACUAUUGCGCCAAAUGCUUAAAACCACUGGCUCAGCACUCAAUAAGCAUAAGUCGAACAUUGGAACCAGUUAAUGUUAAAAUUAUUGAGCUACAGAAUGGAGAUAAUAAUGAUGGUGAAAGUUUUGACAAACCCAUUUCAAACAAAUAUCAAGACACGUUAAUUUGUUCUAUUGACAGUGACCAACAGGUGAAUGGGUCCCAUAAAGAAAAUGGCUUCUCAGAAAGCAAUGGUUUUCAUGUGAGUUCAAGAACCCACAAAAAAUCUUGCAACAAAAAUUCAAGAACGCCUCCGCAGGUUAAAGAUAAACCAGUAGGUUCGGGAUUAAGGCGUCAAAAUCCAGUUGCAAAAUCCACAGGCUCCCAAAUUCUACUAAAGAGUAAUGGAGAAUCAACACCAAGGUCGCGAAGGGCAGAUUCUGCUCCAGAAACAGAAAGUGUGUCACCUACAGAAAAACAGCAUGUACGACUGACAAAGAGCACAAAUUCUAUUUGCACAGACAAUACUGGUCUUGAAUUUCAGCGGGUUGCAAAGAGUCUAAAAAAAGUUAACAAUAAUUUUGUUAUAGAGGAGAAUAACAUUGCACAAAUUUCCACAAGUACUCCAUCAGGGAAGCAGGACUUUCCUGAUGGAAGAGUAGAUUCAAAGGACUUUGUAAUAGUACAAGAUUUGAAAAGAAAAGAAGAACUCAUUGCUGCCAAAUCUGAUUUACCAUCCCAGAUGCUUUCAAAUGCUGCAUACUCUGCUUUUAAAAUAGAAAAGCAUGAUACUUUACCUAGGAGCAUUGGUAGUAAUCAUAAAAGACCAUCAAUUGGUGAUUUAUCAGAACGACGUGAUUCUGACCCAGAAAUAUAUGAACCAGAGCAAAAGGUUGAAGAGAUCAAUGUAGUUUUAUUGAGCGACAGUGCGAACCCUGCAAAGAUAUCGCAAAACAAGAAAGUGAAAAGCAGUCAGAUAAGCUCAGAGAUAUAUUUUGGGAUGAAUGUAAAUCAGGAAAAUAGAAACAACUCCACAAACAAUAAUCAUCGACCUCCUUUGAUAAGGGAGUCUUCAAGAGAAAUUACAAUCAUAUCUGCUGAUGGAUCAGUGUCUCGAUGCACAGAAUCGCCCCCAUUGCAUCUACCCUCAGAUAACAGGGUUUCUACCAAUUCUACAUUGUCAAAUUUAUCAUUGCAUUCCAGUGGAAGUAGCUUCAGCACAUCUUCAAAGGUUCAGCCUUACAGAGUUGUUGAUUUAGAGACGCAUGAAUGUGCACCAUAUGUUGUCACUGACAUUCCAGGAACGUCAGAUAAAGACAACAGACUUUCAAACAAUAGUGAUGACUCUGAAAAUGGUCAUAAAACAGUGUUUCAGCAAAAGAUCACCCUUGUUGAUUCAACCUAUACAGUAAAGGAACAUCAGUUUGGGAGGCAGGCAUCUGGAAACGUACCUGAAUAUGAAGAACCAGCUGAACAAUCACCAACGUUGCCAAAAAUUCUUCAUCAUGAAAUGUCUGCCUUGCCAAAGUCUGCAAAGCGAAAUUCGGAUUCCUCAUUAUACAGAGUACCAAUUUUUAUAGGCUCUAACAUUGAUGCUGUAAAUGGGUCAUCGCAAAGAUCAGAUGGCAAAGUACUGCCUGAACCAAAAUCCACAGAUGACCAGUACCUUAAACCAAUGAGAAGAUUUAGUACCCCUUCAAAUGAUAUUGAUCACAAUUAUGAUGUAGUUCCAGAAUCAGAGACUGAUUUUUCAGAUAUGUCAAAAAGCACUUCAAGCAGUGGUGGAGAAAGUAGUGGAAUUAAAAAGAAGCUUCGCUCAAGAAAGUCUGCAGACAUUAAAAUGAAUCAACAAAAAUCAGAUUCACGGUCAAGAAAAAGAUCUGUCACCCAUCCUACUUCAUCUCAUGCUAGUUCCUCUGUUCAAAACAGUGAACAGAGUUUUAAAAAAAACAUUCAAUUCAGUGAUGAGGACCUGGAGAACAUUAAAAAAACUCCAGUGAAGAUGCGCCAGAAGCGUAAUGCUCCACCUCCACCACCAGAGAGUAAAUCAAGGCGAUCCCUUACCAUGUAUAAUUUUACUGCUGAUGAGAUGAUGACUUUUUCAGAUACCAUGCCAAAGGUACCACCACCAUUGCCCCCUCAUCAAAACUUGGAAAGGAAGAUGUCCCAACCAGUAAACAUACCAAAAUCUAAUUCAAGAACAGUUGAAAACAACAACAAACCAACUAACAAGCCUAGACCUACAGGUAGUUCUAGUCAAGCCCAUCCUUCUUCAAAGAGCACUACAUUGCCUGUCAACAGUAAAGCACCCUCAAGUCAUGAUAAAUUGGCAGAAAGGUCUACCCCAGAGAAGAACAUGGAUGGUAAGAAGAGGACUGCACCACUGUUGAAUCAAAGAGAUCGAUCUCUGUCUCCCCACAGGAAAGAGACUAAAGACAAAGCUGGAGACAAGGAACCAGUUGAUCCAGUACAUGAAGUUCUGGCCUCUUACUCGCCACCACGCAAUGGAUCCCCACUGGCACAGUUUACAACCACCAGUCCACAAAGACCUGUGACACUUCCAGUUGAUGCCAUUGAACCAGUGCAGCCAAUAUCCAGAGAAACAAAAGGCAAAUGGUCUAAGCUGCCAUGGCGGAAGAAUCGAUCUCGACGAAAAGAUGGUGGUAGUCCUGAGCGAGAAUUUAAUGCGAAAGGUGUAUCUGAUUGGUUGAUUAAUAAGCACAUGACUGAAGAAGAAAUUGCUGCAGUAUCCCGUGAAGAAUCUUUACAGAGAUUAGAAGUGAUCAAAGCUUAUAAAGGUGAACCAAUUCCAGUUAUCGAGAGCUGCCAUAUUGAUUAUUCCACACCAACAUCUGAGCAUGGUCUCUCCAAGUUUUAUGUUGAAGCUCAUAGACCAGUUGACUCUCCUCCUUUGCCACGAUUAACAAGUAGCCUCAGUAAACGUAAAGCUCCAGGACCACCUGAUGUUAUACAAAGUGAUCAGUUAUUGGAGGAAUUUAAAAUCAGGAAAAAGAAAACACCAGCUAAGCUACAAAAAUCGCAUUCAUUCACUUCAGUCAGUAGCAUCAAGAGUAAUUGCAUGGAAAAUUAUGAAAAUUGGGGACCUGUACGGAAUGGUCUCCCUGCACCAAAGAAACCCUCAAGAAGAUUUAGAAAUCGAACUACUGCUUUUGAGAACCUGCCUUCCCAAACAGAUGCUCAUAAAAAGCGUAUAGCUCCUCAAAUUCCUAGAGAUGCUGGCGUCCAUAGAGAAGAUUCUGGAAUGUCUUCCGCUAAUCAGAGUUCCCAUGAUGAAGCUGAUAGACCACCAUCUCCACCACGAAGAAGGAGCAACAGUGCUGUAGAGUCAAACUUCCCAAAUCCAGUUAUGGCUGUGAAGACUUCUACCCCUUUAAAAUCUGCCAUGAGAAACGUUGAAGAUAAUCAUAGUAAGGUGGAUGAAAAAAUUCCUAAAAGGCCAGUCAGGGUCUUGGUCCCAGGCCAUCCAUCAAUAGCAUCACAAAAUGACACAUCUCAAAAUAAUAAAGAGAAACUGUAUGCCAAUGUCGACAUGGUAUUAUCUGAUAAUGAUGCCACCUAUAAUCACACACCAGUGCCAGCUCCAAGAAUAAAGAAGUUAAUGGUUGAUCAAGGAACCAGUCCAUUGAAACUAGAGACAUUAUUAGCGGAGUCUCUCUCUCCUCCAACAUCACUUGAUGCUAGUGUGAAUGUGGUAGAUCCCUUUGUUGCCAAAAUUACCAAUAGAAACAUGAUAACUUUGUCAAAGGUUGCUUCUGUGUGGCAGAACUGCCAUGAGACCUGCCCAAGACUGGAUGAUGUGGUUUUCAAGGACUUUAAAUUAACUAUGGAGCAACCAUGCUUCACCAGUCCAGAAGCUAAGUUCUUUUCUGCUGAGCUAAAUGGUAGCGAGGAGAAAAACUUCACUUUAAUGGUGUUCACAGACUCUGAAUUAGUAGAUCCUCUGUACAAAUUUAUCUUUUCAAUUCAACUGAUUUUGCCACACCCAAAUAUCAUCAAUGUUUGCUCCGCUUCCAAGACCCAUGUACCAAGCUCAAUUAUUAGACCAGAAACGUCUCCAUCCAAGUGUCAGGAUCCUGUCGACCAAUCAGCAGAGACAUCUGAAAGCUUGCUGGUAGCAUUGGCAAUCCAACCAGUUAGCAGUGUUGCAAAGUUUGUGAGUUACUCGAAGGAGAAACAUAAUUUCUUACCUGAGCAAUAUGAAGGUGAAGUUAUAACACUUCUUUUGCAACUCUUCUCUGGUUUACAACAUCUUGAGAAUAACAACAUCAGCCUUUCAACUGUCAAGAUGGAGAAUCUCCUUCUUUUAGACUCUGGUCUUCCUGGUGGAGGCAUUUAUUUAGUAAUUGACUACAUCAGCCUUGCAGAAAGAGAAGAGUCAGAACUUGUUAAUGGUACACUUCUCUCUCCAAGCAUCAUUAAUAAGACUAAUGAGUUUGAUGUUGGCAUACUGAUUUACAAAUUGCUCCAUCAGCCAAACCCCUUUAGUGUGAAAACCAACCUCAUUAUCAGAGACUACAAACCAAGUGAUUUGCCAAAACUUCCUAUCAAGUCAAGAUAUUCACAUGGAUUACAGAAGCUUGCAGGUGAACUUCUACGAAAGAAUCCUACAGACAGACUCAGUGCAAAACAGAGCAUUGAAUUGCUGCAUCUCCUAAUUUGGGGUCCGUCUCUAGAGAGUCUUGUCACUGCAGAGACGGAGGGCUCUCUUGAUAAGUAUCUAGCUACAUGGCAUGCAGAGGAAUGUGCCAAGAUGGUGAACUACAUUGCCGAGCAGCAGAUUAAUAUGCUGCUUGGCAAUGGUAAAAGUUUCUCAAUGGCUGACCAACUGCAUUGUCAGUUUCUCAAUGGUGUUGAUUUCGAUUUAAUGAAAAAUAGCUUCAAGUUGUUAAAUUCAUAGAUUUAAUUUUCAUAUUUUAAACACUAUAUGACAAUAACAAUAUUGAAAACAGUAUUACUGUACUGUAGUAUUACAGAGGAAACCUUAAAUACACUUUCUCUAAACAUAAGGUAAUGAGAUAAUUUUAAUCAAAGAGAAAUUAAUUCAAAUGGUAAAUGCAAACACCAGACACCCAUACAAAUUAUUAUGCAAACCCUCUGUCAUAGUUGAAUUACAACUUUUGAUUGUGUGUCUUUAUAUUUACAGAGUAUUAAAUGUAGUUGUUUUCUAUCAUGUUAGUGCCAAGUCACUGCUUUGGGUUUAUAAUGAAAUAACUGUUAAUUAAUAGAUAACUUUUGUUAAAUGCAAAUUAUAUACAGUAGUUAUAUAAACCAAUUUAUUGUCUGCUAUUUUUAGAGUCACUUUAUUUUAGAAUUAAGGUAUAGUUCUUCCAACCAAAUGUAUGAAUACCAUAAUUUUCAUUCAGUUGAAAUAUGUCACAGAACAUGUGCUGUCAAAGAUUAUAGAAGAUUUACACACAUUUAUUUCUGUAUUAUACUAUGCAGGAAUUAGUUUAAUUAUUGAAAUGAUUGCAAGAGAUUAUAUUUGAACAUGAAAAAUGUUAGUUAUUUUUUUCAAUAUAUUUAGUUAUGGAUACUUGAGUGAGAUAGAGGGCACUGCGAAUUUGUACCUAUGAAAACUUUCCAAGAUGUUUGUGACUCUUUUGAUCAUUAAUAAUUCUAUGCAUUAAGUUCAGUAAACCCUUGAAAUUGUAGAUACAUCAUGCAUGUCAAGAUGUUAGUCUUUCAAAGGAGUUUUAACAGAAGGGUGCUAAAUGUAAUGGUUAGGUUAAAUUUCUACAUUCCAAUCAGCAGGGUUAAAGAAAAUAAUUCUGAACUUUUAAAUUUCUGUGUAGUUACUUUUUCUUUUAAUAUAGGGAGUUUACAAUCGUUUUUAGUGUGCUUAAAGAAAAAAGAAAAAGUGUAGUGACUUAAUCUGUGUUAAGGAGUUCUGGAACUUAUGUAAUACUGUAUUGUGUUACUGUAAUUUUAUAUAACACAUAAUGAGAAUGCACAUUAUUUCCAGUUCUUUUGAUUAAAUACCAUUAGAACUUAUACUCAGCUCCCUGGGGGAGUAUUCCGUAACAUAGCAGCUAGUAAUCAGGGUAUUGUCAGUUGAACCUAUCAGGUACCCACUUAGACUUGCGAGUGGUAUUAAAGAUAAACAUAUAAAAUUUAUAAUGAAUUUUAAUACUGUACUUACUGAUCACAUUUAGAAAGUUUUAUUUUUAAAACAAAACUUGAAAUUUAAAAAGAUGUUCUCACAAUUAAUGGACGCAUAAAUAAUACCAUUCCUAUUUUUUGCACAGACCCUUAAAAUUGGCAGACUAUCAAUUUAAGAAUAUUUUUUUUAAGUGGUAAUGAAUAUAAUGGUAUAGAAUAUUUUUUGUAAAACAAAUUAAAUAAAACUUAAAAUCUGUGUUUCAUGGAAAUUCAAUUUCUUAAUAGUCAGAAAGACACUCUAUCUUAGUAAUUGAUUUUUUUAAUGUAUUUUUUCCAAUUACUGUAUAUCACAUAAACAUGCUAAGCAUUUCUCAAUUUCGAAAUUUUUAACUUUUCAAGUUACUUAAACAUAGAAUGUUUAAUAUCUUUACUCCAUGCUAAAUGUAUAUUUUUAAACAUAUACUAUUAAUGGUUAAUAUAGACGAUAUGACAAUAAUUUAUACAGGUGUGUUUGAAAAGAAAUAUGUAAGAAAUAUCCAAAUAUUAUUCUGUAGUAAUUAUUGUAUAUUUUAAGAUGCUGUGUUGAAACAUUGCAUAUAUUUUUAGUCGGAGAUUGUGUUUGUUUUUUUUAUUAGGACCAAGUUUAGUUGUUUUAUAAAAUUGUGCAAUUUACCAGUAUCAUGCAUUUUAUACUGUUUUGUAGUGAAAACGUAUCAUACAUACUGUAGAUAUAUAGAUAAUGUUCAUUGGUAUGUACUGUAGUUAUUAUAUAACCCUCGUGCAUGCUUCUGGCCUUGUAAAGCAAUCGUCAGUUGUUCAUAAUGAAAAUGUAUAUUAUUUUGAAGAAGUGUAUUAAAUUUUUUUGAAAAUAUAA